AUGGACAGCACACCGUCAGCCACAGAAACUGACACAUCACAAACAUGGACUGAUAUGCAACAGCUACUUGCGGCGCUUCGCGCCGCUAAGCCCGCACAUCUGCCGCGGCUCGGCCUUCGGCUGGUUAACGCUCUCGCCGGGCCGCGCCCACCUGCGCCGUUCUGGCUAGAGUAUGUGCGCAGGUCACUAGAACCGCCAGUUUUCAGCGCGAUGAGCCCUCAUUCCAAGUGCCUUCUCACCUGUGUCGCCUGCAGGCUAGGCAAGGAAGCUGCCAGAGCUGCGCAAGCAGACAAGCUGGUCGAGCGGGUAUUCAGGGAUGUGACCAGCACCAAAGCGCUGCAUCUGCUGAAUUUGGAGCUCAUAAAUAUGGUGUUGGUUGCGAGUUACACUCUCGGACUGCCGUUAUCACAACAACAAAUGCAGCGAAUACUUGAUCAAACAAGCCAGCUGGUGGAACGGGAUGCCCAUUUCAACGUCGAGUUGACGGUCAGCAUACUACACUCACUGGGAGCAAUAGCUCGUGUAUAUCCGCGCCAACGUGAUCAGCUGGCGUCGUCACAAGUGGUUCAACGUGUUCUGUCUGGUUUCCGCGAUUUUGAGCCGAGGCUCAACAUGCGUGAACUGUCGCUGGUGCUAUACGCCUUCGACAAACUUCGUGUCAUUGACAAGGCUAUUGCAGAAGUGUUGAUAGCUCGGGUGGAGAAAGAGCGCUCCACAUUGAGCGGGCAGACACAGGCCACUAUUCUGUUUGCGUGCGCUGCGCACCCCGCCCUGCACCGGGUACUUGGAAUACUGCGAGAGAACGUGGUUACCGGGGCACGAAGUUUCACGGGAAGAGAAGCGUGCAACGUGUAUUGCGCGUAUCUAAAGGCCGGUCUCUGGGACGACCAACUAUCAGGACUGCUCGAAUAUUCCUUGCCAAAGAUGAAUGCGCAGGAGCUGUGUAAUGUGGUAAACCUCAUGAUACAGAAGGAAGCACCCGUCAGAAAAUCAUUCACGUCGGCGUAUGCGCGCCACUUAAACACCGCAUUGGUGACAAUGAGGCUGUCUCUACUUGACGCGUUGACCCUAACGCAGUCCAUUGCGCAUUGGGGUCUCGCCGAUCGCAUGAGGUCUCAAGUGCUGGACGAUGCGAUAUCCAAAACGCUAGCAGCAGAUAGGUCCGCUUACUCCGCUAAGCACGUCUAUCUGUUGCACUACCUGGUAACGCUGGAUUGUAGAGGCGCGGCACGGAGGGCGGUGGACUGCGCCGCACAGCGCUUUGAUCCCAAAGCGCUCAGCAACAAAGAGAUUGUGGUGCUCUACAAUGCUUUGUGGCACUUUGGGUCCGGUUCUUCCUGCGUCGGUCUCGUAGAACUGGAACUGAAACGGCGGCUGGACCAACAGCAGACUUUCAGUGCAGUCGACUUGCAAACGUUGGCACACUGGGGGGACUCAGAAAUAUGCGGCAUUAUUGCGGAUAAGUAUUUAAGUGAGAAUGAAUGCUCGAAUGAAGGUCACAUAAAACUGCUGAACACUCUCCUGAGGAAGACGGAUAGUGAUUCGGCAAGAGCCUUGGCACGGCGGGCGGUUGAGGCGAUGCUCAAACCUGGAGAUGCGAAUAGGGCCAAUAUAGCCGGAAAUGCUGAUACCAACAUAGAUGGAGAUGCGGAUUCAGUCGGGCGCAUGACAAGUAACACACCCCCCAAAGGUGGAUGCAACGUGGACAUGCCCUUAACUGUGCGUCAUCAAGCUGCAGCGUGUCAACUGUUGCCUCACCUCCAGGGAGAGCUGAAUGUAGUUCCAAUUUUCUGUGGUUUAGUUGAGCACUGGCUUCAGAUCCGAGAUGGUGGCGAGAAGAUAGAAAUGCGGUGGUUGAUUGCAUGCCUGUCGGUUGCUCGGAAGCUCAACGUGAGAUCGGCGUCGGUAGCGUCACUUGCGAAUGGCGUGGUCGAACAUCUUGAUGGUGGAAUAGAUCCACAAGAUUUCUUGGAUUAUAUCAAUGCAGUAUACCACCUCGAUAUUGUCGUGGACAAUAUAGGUGCGUUAUUGGACGUCGCCGUUAAGGUCCUCGAGAAGCCGCAAGACGAAGGGGUCAAGGAGUCCAUAUUGUUUACUCUCAGUGCAAUGCAAUUUUCCGGCCAUUUAACUACUAAUAGUAUUAGCGAUAGUGUUAUGUCGAGGUGUUUGGCUUUGAAAAAGCCCCCACGGUUGUGCCUGAAGACGCUCUACAUGUGUCUGGUACAUGAAGGAUAUCCUACGUCUCAUAUAAUCGCCCAAGCCCCAACCUUCAUUCGAAGUUUGCAACUACGAACCAACAAUGUAGAUUUUGACGGUAGAACACACGCCGAAUCGCAUAUUGGAUACACACCAGUGCACCACCGCCGCUCCACGCCCACUUGCAACGAAGACAACCGAAACGAGGUGCAUUUUAGCGUUUAUUCAACGUUGCAAAAGAUAUAUGGCAACAAACCGGGUUUAUUUCUACGAGCAGAGGCACCUGCGGCCUUUGACUACGUGGCAGACAUUCUUUUGAUCACGUCGUCACGGAGGUUUUGA